AUGGAGGCGAUUGCCUACGUGAAAAGGUUGGAAGGUAAGGUAGCACUAAUCACCGGAGGGGCUACAAGCAUUGGUGAGUGCAUAGCCAGAAGCUUUUGCAAACACGGGGCUAAAGUAAUAAUUGCUGAUAUCCAAGACGAAUUAGGCCAGUUAGUGUCUAAAGACCUUGGAGCCAAUAUGGCUGCGUUUGUGCAUUGUGAUGUAACCAUAGAAUCCGACAUCGAAAAGGCUGUUGAUAUUGCAAUCUCCACCUUUGGAAAGCUCGACAUAAUGGUGAACAAUGCAGUCGUAGGCGAUCCACGCAAACCCAGCAUCAUCGACAACGAGUUAGCUGAUUUUGAGCGAGUGGUGAGGGUUAACCUGAUAGGAGUUUUUGCUCGAGUGAUGAUUCCUAAUCGUCAAGGUAGCAUAAUUACGCUAUGAAGUGUUUGUUCUAGCGUUGGUGGGGUUGCAUCUCAUGCAUACACUGGCACAAAACAUGCUAUUGUGGGUCUAGCAAAGAACGCCGCAGCAGAGCUUGGGCGGUUUAGGAUUCAAGUGAAUUGUUUGUCACCUUACUUCACUGAAACACCAUUGACAAUGAACUUCUUCAAGAUGGAGGAGGACGGAGGGUCUAAUGGUGUAUGCUCAAAUCUUGAAGGGGUGAAACUUGAAAAAGAAGAUGUAGCUGAAGCUGCAAUUUAUUUAGGGAGUGAUGAAUCCAAGUACAUGAGUGGGCAUAAUUUAGCUUUAGAUGGAGGUUUUACCACUAUUAAUCCUGCUUUUGGCUUGUUCUCAUGCUCCAUAUAA